AUGGUCUCCGUCGUCGGUUUCGGAGGAUUGGGCAAGACAACUCUUGCAAAUGCGAUGUAUCAGAAGCUUAAAGGGGAUUUUGAUUGUGGAGCUUUUGUCUCGGUGUCUUUUACUCCUAAUAUUGAGAAGAUCUUGAAGAGCUUACUCCAUCAACUUGACAAGAACUGGUAUCAUAAUAUCAACGAGUCAAACUGGGGAGAAGCAGAACUCAUUACUGAAAUCAGAGAAUACCUUCCGAACAAGAGGUACAUCAUUGUUAUAGACGACAUAUGGGAUAAAUCAGCCUGGAAAAAUAUUAGAUGUGCUUUGAUUGAGAAUGAGUGUGGAAGUAGAGUAAUCACCACAACCCGCAUUCUAGAUGUUGCCAAAGAAGAUGGUGAUGUUUAUGAGAUGAAACCUCUUUCUAUUAUGGACUCAAAAAUAUUAUUCUACCAAAUAAUAUUUGGAAAGGAAUAUGAAAGCCCUCAUAAACAAUUGAUCGAAGUAUCAGAGAAAAUUUUAAUGAAAUGUGGUGGAGUACCAUUAGCUAUCAUUACGAUAUCCAGCUUGUUGGCAGAAAGACAUGACAGUGCACACUGGUCCAAAGUGUACCAGUCAAUGGGCACCGGGCUGGAAAAUAAUCCAGAUGUGAAUGGCAUGAGAAGGAUAUUAUAUGUUAGCUACUAUGAUCUGCCUGCUCCUCUCAAGAUUUGCUUAUUAUAUCUAAGUUUGUAUCCAGAGGAUUGCAUAUUCAGAGAAAAUAUUUAA